AUGUCGGUUCCCGUCAAGUACCGCCAGCUUGGAGACUUCCCCGCCUACUACUCUGGAGAGCGCGUGGCCCCGUUUCUCACCAUCUUCAUCGCCGGCAACCACGAGGCAAGCUCGCAUCUCUGGGAGCUCUACUACGGCGGAUGGGUUGCCCCCAACAUCUACUAUCUCGGCGCCGCCAACGUCCUGCGCUUCGGCCCUCUCCGCAUCGCUGGCCUAUCGGGCAUCUGGAAGGGCUUCGACUACCGCAAACCGCACCACGAGCGGCUUCCCUUCAACUCGGAUGAUGUCAAGUCCUUCUACCAUGUUCGCGAGGUCGAUGUUCGCAAGCUUCUGAUGGUCCAAACCCAGGUCGACGUUGGCCUCAGCCACGACUGGCCGCGGUCCAUAGAGAAGCAUGGCGACUCCGAAUGGCUCUUCCGCAAGAAGCCGGAUUUCAGGUCAGAGUCCAUGGACGGCACGCUGGGAAGCGUCGCCGCCGAGUUCGUCAUGGAUCGACUGCGUCCGCCGUACUGGUUCUCGGCUCACCUGCACGUCAAGUAUGCGGCACUGAAAACAUACACCGACGAAGAACCACGAACCAUGGACGCUCCGACAGGAGCCCCCGAGUCGCUAGCCCUCCCUGUGGCGAAGAAAGAAGCCAAUCCGGACGAAAUCGACCUGGACAUGGACAUGGAUGACGACGCCGACGCCGACGCCGACAAGAAUGACGCUUCCCAUCACCACGAGUCACCUGAAGUGAACGCAUCAAAGGCUGCCGAGGAAGUAAAUACCGUUUCCGACGAGCUUCGAGCCCAGCUUCCACCUUCCUUCGCGCCACCCCCCCCGGCAAAGCCCAGGCGCACGCCGGGUCAGCCUGUGCCGCCGGGAAUCACAAACAAGCAAGUGCGGUUCCUGGCCCUGGACAAAUGCCUCAGAGGACGUCAUUUCCUUCAACUAUGCGAUCUCUCGCCCUUCAACCAAGACGAGCUUGCCUCGCACCCUCCCAAGGACACGAAGCCCCGCUAUCGCCUCCAGUACGAUGCUGAGUGGCUGUCCAUCACUCGAGUGUUCCACAAGACGCUCACCAUCGGCGACCGGCACGCCCAAGUGCCCGAGGAUCUUGGCGAAGAACACUACUUACCGCUCGUGGACAAGGAGCGGGCCUGGGUGGAAGAGAAUCUUGUGGACAAGGGCAAGAUGAAUGUUCCUGACAACUUUGAGCUCACCGCGCCGCCACACAUGCCGGGCCAUCCGGCAAUCGUCGACGAGAUGCCCGACGAAUACACGAACCCGCAGACGGCUGCAUUCUGCGAACUCCGCCUUCCGAUUUUCGUGGAAACCGGCGCGGCUUCGGCGGGCGUGGAGGACGUGGAGGACGUGGAGGACGAGGAGGAAGAGGAGGAAGAGGAGGCUGGGGAGGUGGCCAAGGACCUUCUGGCAGCUCGGGUCGAGGGCGCAGGGGCCGAUGGUGAAGCGGUGUUGCUGCGGUUGACUCUAGGCAACGUUUCUUCGUUGGUCGGAUUUCCCUUGAUCUGGCACUGGUGCAUGUUCAUGUGGCAAGCGAGAAAGGCCAAGAUGGCGCAGCACAGUUGA